GUCCUCCACACCGAACCAUCGUUAAACACCAUUCACUUGUUCCGCAAGGCAAUUACUAUGAAAUACCACUUAAAGCUUUGUUUACCCUAACUUAGGCCCAACAUCUUGUUUCGCCCUAAAGCUUGAGUCGUCACUGCUUCCAUCUCAGCCCUCGGGAAUACAGAAUUUUCGUCUCCUUUUUCUACUGUGACACCCCGGCACUUGUCAGCCUCCCUUCCCCUCCCCACUCUUCACCAGAGCUCCCUCUCUCUCCCGCAACAAUAACAACAGCAACAACAGCAACCAUGGCAUUCUCCCGCUCAGCAAGGAUAAUCACCCUGCUGGUGAUUGACUCUCUCUUUUUCCUUUUGGAGAUCAUCGUUGGAUACUCUGUCCAUUCCCUUGCGCUUGUUGCCGAUUCUUUUCAUAUGCUGAACGACGUUUUUUCGCUGCUGGUGGCGUUAUGGGCGAUUAAGCUCGCCAGACAAAAAUCCACAUCAAGCUAUACAUACGGAUGGCAACGAGCUGAAGUUCUUGGGGCGUUGAUCAAUGGUGUAUUCUUACUUGCGCUUUGUCUUUCGAUUUUCUUGGAAGCGAUUCAGCGCUUUUUUGAGCCGCAGGAGAUAUCUACUCCCUGGUUGGUACUCGGCGUUGGGAGUGCUGGCCUUGCUUCGAACAUCCUUGGUUUAUUCUUAUUUCACGAUCACGGUCAUUCCCAUGGCGGCAAUUCGCACGAACACGACCUUGAGAGUAGUCUGGUUGGUGAGGAAAGCGCGGCAGCGGGUCAUGAGCACCACAAACACACACGCGGUCUAAGGGGCCAUAUUCACGACCCAGCGGAAGAUGAUCGCGGUGAUAUCGACGAUAUCCUCCCGGACAUUGUUGGCCGCAAACGAGCAUACUCGCGAUCCUGCCACCAAAACCACAAUCAUGCCAAGCCCAAAGAAAACAAAUCCUCCCAUUCACAUCAAAAUCUCAACAUGCGCGGAGUAUUCCUCCACGUCCUUGGUGAUGCACUCGGAAACGUCGGCGUAAUGUCAGUAGCCGGUGCUCUCCUCCUCCUCCCAGAGACAAUCUGGUGGCGCCACCUCCUAGAUCCCUCCAUCUCCCUGCUCAUCACAAUGAUAAUCUUCUCCUCCGCUCUCCCACUCUGCAAGUCGGCCUCCAAAAUUUUACUUCAAGGUGUGCCUAAGGGAAUCUCGCUGGAGGAAGUGAAAGAAGAUAUCGCCUCGAUCCAAGGCGUCGAAUCCGUCCACGAAUUGCACAUCUGGCAACUCAGCGACGUGAAAAUGAUCGCAAGUUUGCACAUCCAGAUCGCCUUCGAUCCAGAAUGCGAAGGCGGUGGGCGAUACAUGCAACUUGCAAACGCAGUCCGGACAUGCCUGCAUGCAUAUGGGAUCCACUCGAGCACUAUUCAGCCGGAAUACACCAAAGAAGAGGAAGCGGCCGCGAGUAGAACAGGCAGUACAAGAGGCGGCACAGAAGAAGAGGCGGCGUGUCUUUUGGAAUGUGGGGACGGGUGCGUUGACGGAAAGUGCUGCGCCCCUGGCAGCGGUGCUCCAGGGGAUGAAGUCAUUGGAUAAACUUCAAUUUUGAAAAAUAAAAUCCCCCUAAGUGACAGAGAGUGGGUACUGUAUAACUAUAACAUCCUGGGUGGCGAACAACGGUGCCUAAAAAAUUUCACUUUUUUCUUUCUUUUUUUCCGGAAAAACUCCGAUUUGACGGGAUGGCUUCUUGUGCAUAUGAUUCCUAGCUUGUAUCCUUUUCAAUUUCAUCCCCAUGUUUAUCGUCUGCCGUUUCGUUUGUAGAUGGGUUUUGCGAUAGUUUGGUAUUGGUAGAUUUGAAUGGCGGU